AUGAUCCUCCAGGGGAAAAAACUAACGUCACAUGGAGCCCGCGAUGGCCUUCCUCCCCGUCUAAGUCGACUGCUGGGCCACGGCGAAAGUCGCCGCGCUCAAGAGCCUACGCGCCAGACUGUGACCGCGAUUCUGACGCUGCUAGAACACCACAUCAAGCGCACGAAUGGCGAGGCAUACCGGGAGGAAAGCUUUCGCAAAUAUUCCGACGAAACAGACGAGACCGACAUCGACGAAAAAGGCGGCCCCCCUCCCCGGCGUGGGCCCUCACCGGCUGUCCUGAAGGAUUGA